AUGUUAUUUUGUGUCCAUGUACAUCCAGUCUACAACCUCAUUGCUAAUCAUGCUAAGUUCUGGCACGGAUCGUCCAAAAAUAGGAAUCAUGUCGGAAUACCGGCACGGGUAAGCAAACCUCUUCAGCAUUAUACACAGACCUUGGACUCCAUCGCAAAUUGUUCCAUUGCGGCAUUGGAAGACAGGAGAUCACUGGAUAGAAAUCGCUUGAAGCGUAUUCCCUAUCGAGCCUUCUACAACAGGCCUUACUUACACUUGCUAACAAUGUCUGAUAAUCCUAUAGAGGUAAUUGAACCAGAGGCAUUUACUCUCAAUGCCCCUGAACUUAAAAUAAUUUCGCCUAACAGAAUAGUGAGAGUGAUUUAUUACAAUUACCCGCCAGGCAGGAACUACUCCUUGUAUCUGAAUCCUCUGGAAUCACAUGAAGAAGCCAUCAAAGUCCCCUCAACUGAUACCUCCUUUGAGGAGGAGACAUUGAUAAUGGUUCUGAAUCGUCUCGGAUUCAGAAAAACGACUCACAGUAACUACAAUAUAUUUCUACCCUGUCCGUUGGGAACAUUUUCAAACUAUAACUUGUUUACUUUGGAACCAAAUGUGGAAAUAUGCAUAGAUUGUCCUCCAGGUGGCUUUUAUUCUGAUAGCCUCGCCUUCGUGAGUAAAGGUUGUAAGAAAUGUCCAAACGGUUCUUACGUUGCAUAUGACAAGAAACCUGGAAAAUCAGUAUCAGAUUGCAAGUCGUGUCCUCAAGGAACUGAGACUGACUUUUUCGCUGGAUACCGAGCUUGUCCGUGCUUGGAAGGUCAUUAUCGAACCCAUCUGUUCGAGGGAUGCCGCAAAUGUGGCAAAGGUGGACUUGUCUGCCACGAUGAAUAUGCCUCUUUGAAACCUGGUUAUUGGUGGCAAUGGCGUAACGAUUCUUACAAACGUCGUUAUCAAGAAUUUAUAAAAAAUCUCAAUGCAUCUUUACCAGCACUUGAUAAGAAUUCCGUGCAGUAUCCUUAUGCACUUCCAACGCCGUACAGGUGCCAAGUACCAGAGUCCUGUGAGGGCGGAUUGGACUCACUAUGUGCAGAUGGAUACGAGGGACCAAUAUGCGCCGUAUGCAGCUCAGGAUACCACAAGCAAUUCCACAGUUGCAAAAAAUGCCCAUCAAAAUGGUGGAUCGUGGGACAGUUGUCUCUUAUGGCUGUGAUUUUAUUAAUAACAUUUACCCUUUUGACAUGGAAAAGGAAAGCAAAGCUUGCAAUGGACCAUGGUCACACUCUUAUGGACACAUUCUUAUCCAAACUUAAGAUCUUAAUCGGUUUUUACCAAGUCACCCACGGCUUACUGGACGUUUUCUCCUAUAUCAGCUGGCCAGACCCGUUAAAAGGUGUUGCAAAGUACUCAGAAGUGCUACAGCUAAAUUUGCUUCAUAUAGCACCUGCUCACUGCCUUUUUCCAGAAUUACGCGUGAAUGCAUUUGGAGACUUGUUUGUGAUCUUGUCAAUCAAUGCAACCGCCAUUGGCGCUUCUGGUGUGUUCUACGGUAUUCGUAAGAGAAUCAUCUUACAAAAUAAAAGCCUGGAGGACGAAGAAAAACCAGCCAAGAUCUCAGAGAUGAAAGAAGUCGUGUACAAAAAUGUCUUCUUUGUCCUCUAUGUGACUUACCUGAGUACGUUUUCCAAGACAGCCAGCGUUUUACAACUUGCUUGCCGUAAAGUCUGCAGAGACAAAAAUGAAGAGUUGUGCAACGAGUACCUCAAAGCAGACUACAGCUUGAAAUGCCAAGGCUCAACAUAUAACCACCUGCUGAUUGUUGCAUACAUUUCCACUGCGUACGUCUUAACUCUACCCGUUGCUUCAUUCAUCGCCCUUUGGAGGCAUCGGCGAGCAAUGCCAACCAAGGCAGACGGUGACGGUUCAGGCGUUGGCACGGAACUUGUUGAAGGACUACGGUUUCUUUUCGGAAACUACAAACCACAUACGUGGUACUGGGAGCUGAUUGAAAUGUCUCGAAAAGUGAUUUUAACAUCUGGCCUUAUUCUUGUGGGUCAUGAAAGCAGGUCCUACAUUGGUCUGGCAUGGGUCGCAGCUGGUGUGUACGGAAUUCAUUUCUCCUGGAUGAAACCCAUACAGGACCCAUUCGAAAACAGAUUAAUGACGACCUCCCUUUCCGUUACAGUUGUCAACUUGGGUAUCGGUGCCGUUAGCAAAAUUCCAGCAGAGAAUAUAUCUGACACAGUGGAUAAAGACAUGGAUGCUUUAACAAUGAAGAUACUGAUUCUUGGUGCAAAUACUCUUGUAAUUGGCCUUCUUGUUGUUCAAUACUGUGUGUACUUACAUCAGUAUUUGAAAGAGUGGCGCAAGAACCCGCAGUGGUCCUUUUCCUGUUGCUUGGCGUUGGUUCUUCCUCUCAAUGAUUUGCAGGGGGAAAUUCGCGGUAUGGUCGGAAAGAACAUGCUUAAAGCACAGCUUCAAACAGGUAUGAUGGGAAAACCUUCCAUUAGUGCCUGCGCAAAAGAGAGUGGAGCAAUGAGUUUCAAUCUAUCUCGAGGAGACGUCGGUAGAGAUGAUGCAAAUACAACAGAAUUCCAUGAGUUACACUUAAAGAAAAGCAAAAAUCGUCAGUGCCACCCAAAAAUCAAGUGUGACCUUGGUACACAGACAGAGGUCACUAUGCCAUCAGAUGUUGCUACCUAUUGGUCACUAGAGCGAGCAGAUAUCUCUGUAAGGACAUUGAAUAUUUAA